AUGGCAAAACCAAGAAGAAAUACCAGUAUAUUUUUACGUACGGUUGAAUUCAUCACAACUGUUGCUAUUUUGGGACUCAGUGGCAGUGUUUUGGCCAAAGUUGGUCAUAACAUCCCAAGAGUUUCAUUUACUACAACCGUGGCUGCCAUUGAUGUCCUUUACUUGGGCUACGUGGGUCUUUUUGUUCCCGUUGCAUUGAAUAAUACAACACCUUCGUUUAUCAUCUUGGGUGCGCAAGGAGCAGUAUGGAUACUUUACCUUGCAUCUUGGGCUGCAAUUGCUGCUAAAUUUCCAACAGACUGUAGUACCAGUUCGUGGGAGAACAGUUCAAGAGCUACUUGCCGUGCAUAUCAAGCAUUGCUUCCAUUUACAUUGUUCAAUUGGCUUUUGUAUGGUGUUGAGGGUGCUUUGUUCCUUAGUUAUAGCUAUGUGAAUGAGGUUGUUAAUUAUGGUUUAGGACACACGUUCAGACCAAGUCCAUUUUACUGGGGUUCCAUAUUUGCCCUUGAUCUUGGUCUUGUUCGUCAAUGCUGUGGAAUUUUGCUUUUCAGCCGCUCUUCAGAAAGAGAAAGAAAAUACCAUGUAGACGCCGAGGACGGCGUUGGGCAUAGAGAAGGUGAGAUUGCUUCUGCUGAUGAAAAUAUCUUAGCCGAGGAAGAGACAAAGGCUGUUCCCGAAGAGCCAGCACCAACUGGCCAUGUAGUGCAUGACCACCAUGUCAGGGGCUCAGCACAGGGUCCAGCACGGGCAUCUAUGCAGAGUAAUAGAACAGCAACAGGAGAACCCGUAGGGGUUAGCCGAGUUUAA